CUGGGUUCAUUUUGGCAGUCGCGGAUAAGCUUGCCGGGUCGUGCGUGUCCACGCCUGUUUUCUGGUCUUUUUCGAGCGGUGGCAAGGCAACACCAUGGGCAAAAGCAAGCAAAGUGAGCGCCCCGUGCGCCAGGCCGUCGAGCAGGUUCCAACCUCGGAAGAGGAGGAGGAGGAAUAUACGCCGCUAGCAGAUGCAGAGGACCUAGAUAGUGAUGGGGACAUGGGCGACGUCCAGGGCGACGAGUUUGAUGACGUUGAUGAGGAUGCUGCCGACGGCUCUGACGACGAUGCGGGGGCAAGCGACGAUGAAGCUGAGGAUAGCGGCGAUGAGGCCGGUAAUGAGGCCGAGGCUGAGAUUUCUGAUCAAGAAAUCGAUGCUCUGCCUGAACCAACAGCGGCAGCCAUGACAGAUGUUAUGGCCAAGUUGCUCGGGGCUGAAGCACCGGCAAAACGCACUGGCAAGCGUACCCGCACCUCCGCCCACAAGCUGGAUGCAGAAGCGGAUGAGGAGAGUGAGGAUGAGGGUGAAUCCAAGGGCCCAAAAGUUAAUCCCUUUCUGGCCCGUGAUCUGCCCACCAUCAAGGCUGUGCAAGCUCAGAAACUGGCCGAGCGACGAGAGCGCGAGGCUCUGCGAGCCAAGCGUGAAAAGGUUGAUGAUCAGCAUCGCGAGGCCAUUGACUUCCGGCAAGACCGUGAGCGGGCGCUCUUGCGGGUCGCUACUCGUGGCGCCGUCGCGCUCUUCAACGCUGUCAAGUCGCAGCAACGCGAGGAGGAAACCGCGCGACGUGCGACCAAGGUGGACAAGGCUGGAUUUCUGGACCUCCUGCGCACAAAAUCAUCCGGACACCAGGAGGAGGUUGAGGAGGAGCACCAAACCAGCAAGGCUGAGGCGUCCUGGUUGACUGACAGCUACUUGGUGAAAGACACGGCCGAGGACGAGGACGAAACAGCAAUGUUUGAGAACGAGCUGGAGUCUGAGGAGGAAAGCGAAGCCGAGUAUGAAUGA